AUGACGAACCCGAUCGAUCCCACUGCCCAAACGGCUGGAGCAGGCAUUGCUGCACCAGUCAUGCAAGCACGACCAACUGAAAUCAAGAUCCGUCUCCCAGAUGACUUCAAUGGAGACAGGAAGAAGACCCGAACGUUUUACCUUGCCACUCAACUAUACAUGAUGGCAAACAAGCACAUCUAUGACACCGACGAGAAGAAGAUCAUGUUCUUCAUCUCCUUCUUGAAAGAAGGAACUGCUGGCCCAUGGGCUGAGGCAGAGAUGACGAAGGCAUUCACCAACGACCAAGGAUUUGGCACAUGGGAAGCCUUCACAACACGAUUCCUGAACGCCUUCACUGAGGCAGACACCGCUGGAGAUGCGAGAGCAAAGUUGCGCGUGCUGCGCCAGACGGCCACAGCAGACGAAUACAUUGCGGAAUUCCGCAUGUUGACCGCACGAUGCGGAAUCACUGAAGACGUAUCCUUGAUCGAGUACUUCCAAGAGGGACUCCAGAACAAGCUAGUCGAGAAGGUCUAUGGCAUGGAACACGUGCCUAAGACGAUCGAUGAAUGGUAUGAAGCCACAUCCCGGUUCGACAACCAGUACACUCCUCCCACGAAGGACCCCAAUGCUAUGGAUGUCGAUCGCCUAUCGACCAGCGAAAGGGAAAAGUACAUGAAGGAAGGACGAUGCUUCACUUGCGGGCAGACUGGCCACAGAGCUGCGGAUCACAAGCAGGACAAAGGAAGACAGCCAGACAGAAGGCCUGUCCGUACCGCAGAAGUCAAAGAAGACUCAGACAAAGAAGUGUCUAAUAUCGCCAAGAUCAAAGCCAUGAUGGCGGAACUUGAAGAGAAUGACAAGAUCAAGCUUCUCGAAGAUAUGGCGGAGAAGGAUUUUGCCUAA